AUGGACUCUCAACCAGAACUUCCCAUUCCGAUCUCUUAUGUAUCCGGUAGAUACCUCUUGCACUCAAUUGAGGCUGUGACAUACCUGCGACGUGAGCAUCACAUCUGCGGCGUGCUCAUCGGAACGCUGCCCCAGAUCCCUCAGCAGAAUGUCUUCCUGGGUCUCCCACUGGAGCUCAUGCCCGAGGAGGCAAGGCUGUUGGUGGACAAGGAUGUAGCUUGCAUUGUAGACGAAGCCAAGGUCCACAAUGGCAUGAAAAAUCUACUAGAAGAGGAUCGCAGAAGGUACCUUCAAGAACUGGAAGCCGAGGGCCUGCACUACACGAAGCUCCAGGUUAAUAUCAAAGAGUCGAAGCGCGACCAAACGAUGAAGAAAUUAGAAGAAAAGAAAGCCAAAGCAAAGGCUGCCGCCGCUGCCCAAACACAGCCAGCCGAAGGUGUCAGUGUCGAGGAGCCCUCCCAGAAGCACGCUGCCAUUGUGGACCUCUUUGCCGCAGAUGACACCCGCUCGUCGUCCCCGGCGCCAUCCUCAACUACUACAGCGCCGUCGCAAAGUGCAAUGGCAAUCACACCCGCAACAUCUUACCCACCACUUCCCACGCCUCCACCAUCAACCCACCUUGCAGCACCCGAAGUGCCUCCGUCCUAUCCUCUCUUCGCCCACCUCCACUCCCGAGGCUACUUCCUUUCUCCCGGGCUCCGCUUUGGAUGCCAAUACAUGGCCUACCCGGGAGAUCCAUUGCGCUUCCACUCCCAUUUCCUUGUGGUCUCAUAUGACUGGGACCAGAACAUCGACCUGAUGGAUCUCAUUGUCGGUGGUAGGCUGGGUACCGGUGUGAAAAAGGGUUUCCUGAUUGGUGGUGCACAGAAGACCAUCGAGGAGGUUGAUUCCGAGGCUGAUCGGGUGGACACCGUUCGAGCGUUCAGUAUCGAGUGGGCUGGCAUGUGA